UAUAGCUAAUUUCUGAUAUGGGGUGAAUCAAUUGCUUUUUAAAAGGUUAAUAAGGAUAAGAAUGUUGUUUUUCUGAAUUGUCUCUCAAUGAGAUUUGAAGAACAUUAUUUUGUUUUAAACUGAAAAAAAUGACUUUUAAAAAAAGUAUUCGAAUACGGAUAAGGAAUCGAUGGAAUAAAUACAAUUGAAUCGUAUGUUCUGUGGUUUUUUAUUAAUAAAAACAAACAGAAAGAAAAACUUCAACUGGAUUAACUUGGAAACGAAUUCUUAAAACUUUGUCACUAAAUCGAAGACGUGAUUGAUAAGGUCUUUAAUGUACUGUCAUAUAAAGAUGUGAUCGGGUGGAAAAGAUACUUUUGACUGUAGUCAAGGACCGUUAUCGUAAUUAGAUUUUUUCUAUAACGGAUUAUAAAAAUCUGUAGAAACAAUUAAUGGACAAGUAUAGAAAUUGUGAAGUGUAAAUUCUACGUAACGAUGGUCCAUUAAAACGGUGGGAAAAUGAAUAGUUCACCAGAUAAUUUUGCCGACACUGCACAGUUGUUGCCAAACGAAACUUUCUAUGAAGAUCCGUACAUGAUGCCAUGGUGGAGUCAACUUAUUUUCCUUACUGCUUUUGUAAUUUUGAUAACUGUUGCUUUAGGUGGCAACCUAAUUGUUAUAUGGAUAGUCAUGGCACACAAAAGAAUGCGAACUGUGACAAACUACUUUUUAGUCAAUUUGGCCGUGGCAGACACUUUAAUAUCUCUCCUGAACACACCAUUUAUUUCAGUAUUUUUGUUGUAUCAAAAUUGGUGGUUUGGUGACUUGUGGUGUAAAUUCGCAAAUUUUGUGGCAAUCUGUACCGUGUCAGCAAGUGUCCUUACCCUGAUGGCAAUCGCUAUUGAUAGGUAUAUGGCAAUUAUUCACCCACUGAGACCUAGAGUUACCGGAAGAGUAAUUGUCGCCAUUAUUGUCAUCUGGAUUGCCUCUACAGUGUUGUCAUUUCCAAAUUUGAUAUACUCAACUACAGUGAACUUUAACUACACUGAAAUUUGUACAUUUGAAUGGCCAGAUGGCAACUCGACUAAUAGCAGGAUAGAUUUUUGGUAUAAUAUCAUUAUUUUGCUUGCGACAUACUUGAUUCCAAUGGCAACACUGACAGUAACCUACACAAGAAUUGGUGUCGAACUCUGGGGUCAACAAACAAUAGGCGAAAAUACACCAGUGCAGUUUGAAAGGAUGAAAUCAAAAAGACGGGUUGUAAAAAUGAUGGUAAUGGUCAUCAUAAUAUUUGGUAUCUGUUGGUUACCAUACCAUCUAUACUUUGUUUUAGUAUCUACUACUAAUAUAACACGGAUGAAGUAUAUACAGGAGUUCUAUUUAGUCAUUUAUUGGUUAGCCAUGAGUAAUUCAAUGUACAACCCAAUCAUCUACUGUUGGAUGAACGCAAAAUUCCGACAAGGAUUUGUACGUGCAUUUUGUUGUUGUCCAUGUGCACCCUGUAAGAGAAUUCGGACAAGAAUGUAUCAUGUUCGUGCUUUAUAUCCGGCUGGACAAUUUACAAUGUCAGAAAAGUUUUACCACCGGAAUGGUUCAUCAAUGCAUACAGUUACGGAGGACAUGGAUGACACAUCAUCCUCAUUGGUUAGAAAAAGUAUCAAACAUAACCCACAUAAAUUAGUGGACUAAAACGUUGUUGUUUAUUGAUAUAUCAAAAUUUGAAUGUUAUUGUUGUGAUCUCAUUAAAGUAUAUGUGUUUGUAGAUAGUUUUAAAUACUAUUAAUUCACCAACUACAACUAACGAUGUGUCUAAAUUCCAAAUGUAGCUUCGUGUAAUACACUAUUCCUGGAUUAAUCUGCAUCAGGAAAACUGAGAGCUGUAGGAUUGUAAGACCAAUAUUUAUCAAUAUAUCAAAACAUAGUGAGAGGCAAAUAAACUCAUCAUAGAUA